UCAACCUGUUUAUCGAAAAUUAAUUUACAGCUGGAUUGAAUAGGUCCUGGUACGAUUUGUAUUUCUUUUAUUCUCACAUUUCCACUUGAGAUUGGAAAACAUUUUUAUGGGUGAGACUUCUGAGAAGCUUGGGGUGUGAUGUGUGUACUCUCUUUUUUUGGGUCUAAACAGAGGUGUAUGAGUGGGACCAUUGUUAAUGUGAGUCGUCAGGUCCAGGGUGUUAUGGGUUAUGGCCCUCUAGUAUCUUCAGUUAGUUCCUCUGAGGAAACGAACGAGAGCGUUUGUGCCUUUCCAGCGUAUAAAAUAACAUUCAUACGUUUGAAUCAUUAUAACUAUCCCAUUUCUAAUAAUUCCUCAUUGAAAAUAAUGGAAAUACCCGUUAAAUAUCCGGGUCCAACACAGGAUUUAUUAUGGAAGACGAUAAGUGCUUAACGAGGAGGUGGCCUAUCGUUCAUUCUCAUUCGUUGGAGGUAAAGUGUAAACCCGCAGAGAGCAUCUUUGUAUUGGUUACCGUGGACAAGAGAAAAGUGAUCCCACUCAGAGUCAGCAGUUGCAGAAAGUGAGAUGAUAAUGGCAGAUCCAUCCAGGGAACAUCAUGGUGAAUAUCAUCAGGUCAAACGAGAAAUGAUAGAUAGAUAUCCAGACGAAUACUCCAAUGCAUUGCAUUCAUACCUGGACGAGCGACGAGAAAGACUUCGUGUUCAUUCCGAAUAUGAUAAGGAAAGGCGCGAGAAACAUCGUCGCUCUUAUUUCGAAAACGAUCCUCGGAGAGUGAAGCAUGAGGGCUAUAGAGACUAUUCUGGAUCUGCACAUAAAGAACGGGAGUUUUCCGAAGAUCCAUCAAAAUCAUUGAAGAACGGAUUGGGAUCGGAAAGGCAUCACAGAGAGGACACUUCGAGCAGAACAUCAAGUGUUGAUGUCAAUUCUUCGAGUGCUGAUCCCAGAUCUUCGAGAGCAGAUCCCAGAUCUUCAAGUGGUGAUUCCAGAUCAUCGAGAGUAGAUCCCCGAUCUUCAAGUGCUGAUCCGAGAUCUUCGAGAGUAGAUCCCAGAUCCUCGAGUGCUGAUCCCAGAUCUUCGAAAGUAGAUCCCAGAUCUUCAAGUGCUGAUCCCAGAUCUUCGAGAGUAGAUCCCAGAUCUUCAAGUGUUGAUUCCAGAUCAUCGACUGCUGAUCCCAGAUCUUCGAAUGCUGAUCCCAGAUCUUCGAGCGCUGAUACGAGAUCGGUUGAUGGGAUCAAGAGGAAGAAGUCCAAGAAACAUCACAAGCAUAAACCUCAUGAUCAUGAAUCUUCCAGGUCAUCGAGGUGGGAUCAAUGCGAUGAUGAUCAUUUGGAAAAUAGCCGAGACUCGAAAAGAUCUAGGCUUAACCAGAAUGAGAAGGAAGUGAUUGGAGGAUCGUCUGCGUCCAGGGACAGGCCACCAUUAUCUUCAUUACGAAUCAAACGUGAACCUAACAAUGACAUUGAGAUUGUUGAAUGUUCAAACAAUAAGAUGAGAACGCAGAAGAGGCGCAUGGCGAAAAAGUCAGGACCCCCGCCAGUUGAGGUAGUGGAUCUAGAUGAACCACCACAACCCCCACCACCCUCUACGAUGAUUCAUCAACAACAAGAGCAGAACAAUUCCCAGCCACCAGGAGCAUUCAAUCCAAAUUCAGGGGAGUCCUCGAGAUGGUCGACUCAGAUAUCAAUUAUUCCGCAGGAAAUGCUCUCGUUACCUCCUGUGAGGAAGUUCGAUUCUGAGUAUAUGGUGCCUGAGGACAAUCCACCGCCACCACUGACACCGCAAGAGACAUUUUAUCAACCUCCUACGGAACCAAUUCCAUACCAUUACAGACCGCAAGAGCAGUAUCAGCAGCAGUACCAGGAGCGGCAGCAGGUGGAGCAUCAGACCCAGUAUCAGAUGGAACAUCAGAGCCAGAAUCAAGUGCAGCAUCAGACCCAGAGUCAGGUGCAGUAUCAACCCCAGAAUCAUGUACAGCAUCAGACUGUCAAUCAGAUGCAGGAUCAGAUGGAGUAUCAGAUGCAGCAUCAGGAAACAUAUCAUCCCUCACAGGAGUCUGUUAUGGAUGAACAACCAAUUGAGGAAGAAUUUUUUGAGGAAUUUGAGCGAAAGCCCCUCGCAUCUAUUCCGUCCGUGCAUAUUCCACAGAUUGGAGGAAUUGCACCUCAACCAGUUGUAGCCAAGAAUCCAAGCUUCCCGGUAACGGCAAUGUGUAGAAGUUGUGGUAUCACAUUCAUUCAUCCCUGCAAGUACAAGCCCAGUGGAAAUCCACAGGACUCUUUCAUGGAGACUGGACAUUUACACAAAUGCAAAUGCAGUGCCGUAUUCCUUCAUACACGUAGUUGUAAACAGAGCUGUGGCAAAAGCUUUGUACCUGAUAAAAAGGAGACUGGAUUGAUGAAGCAAAUCGAUAGAAUUCACAAAUACGAAUGUCACGACUGUGUUUUCAAAUUUUCGGUGGAGCAAAUACGACAUAUGAGUCAUUACUUUGAGAGUAUUACACGCAAAGAUGGAACUCUCCGAGAAAAAGGGAAGAAGAGUGGACGAGAUUUGACUCCGAUACUAAAACACUCGGAUGACAUCGCUAAGAGACGAUUGAUUCAUGAACCCCCAACGGUUCAGAAGGCCUACAUGGAGAUGAGAAGGCGCUUGAUAUGUCAAUGCAAUCAGGGCUGCUGUGUUGUCUACCAUGAAUGCCCACCCAAGCCUGUUGAUGAACAGACUGAUGACAUUGAUUGAUGACAGCACAUUAAGGCAUGAGAGAGGCCAUCAUAUGAAAUAUUUUUUUACUCAAAGUGUUCUUUAUUCAGUACCGUGAAAUAUUAUUCAGGAAUAUAGUUUUAAGUUUUGAGGUAAAACUUUUAUCGAGAAUAGAUAUACAAUUCAAUAUAAUAAAAAAGUAUUAAGGGGAAAAUAUGAUGUUAAGGAGAAUGUUUGUGAUUGACCUUUAAGACCUGGUUGGAAUUACGUGAAAAUCCAUAAAUAAGCUCAAACUGCUGUUACAGAUUGCCACUAGAAUAAUUAUUUGACUGUUACCAAAGCCGAUUUUCACCCUUCAUUUAUUGGUUCCGUAGACUGGUAAUUACGUUUGAUUCUAAUAAAACCAUUAUUUCAACAAUUUAUUUAUGUUCGCGAUUUACCACGUGACGCUCUCCAACCGGGCCUUAAUUUUCAUAUUUUAGUAUGUGGCCGUAUGGGGAGAAAAAAUUAUUUAAAAAUUACGUGCCUCUUCCGUAAUCUGACAGUCAAAGCAAUAUUCGAUAAAAAUGACGGAACAGUUACGCCCUUUUUCAGUGAACUUUCUAGAACUAGAACCGAUCAUUUUCUGAUCAAUUCAGAUCACAAUCUAAUGAACUUCGGACUAGAGCGUGAAUAAACUCCAGUUGUCACUUCAAUCGUCUUCUCCCACUACUUUGCUUUUCAAUAUUCAAUUUCAAAUCUCGAUAAGUCCAGGAUUUUGAGACUUAAGGUCCAGUUGGAUACACUGAUCUGGAAUAGAUCAAAGUUUUUGUUUUUUUAUAUUAUCUCCAACUUUGGUGCAGUCCUGCAUCAGACAGAAAUGCACAACAAAAAGGAAAUAUCCUGAAAAAAAGGAAAACAAAACUGAAAAUAUUGAACCCGGCAUUUUUUAAUUAGAUGUUAAAAUCAUUGUAAUAAAUGUAAAGCCGGGAAUGCCGGAGAGGGGAGGGCUCUAAGAGUAAAUGAUUUCCGUGGGGGAGGGAGUGCUAUUUUUCUCAAUUCUCUGGAUGCGAUAAAAAGUACAAAUAAUUAAGAACAAUUCAUUAGGCCUCAUAUAACAAGUUUUUUAAAAAAAGUUAUUGUUAUUGCACAUUCCACGAGUGCGAAACACCAUUUCCCCACAUUGUGUCUAUAAAUAAUGUUCAAUAUUCGUGGGAAAAACGUUUUUACUCUCUUUA